CAUGGAGGAGUAAAAAACAGACGAAAAAAUCCUCUCUUUUCCUUUCAUUAUACAGAAGAUAACAAAAGAUAAUGAUGUAGUAAUUUUUUUUUCUUUAAUUGAUAUCAAGUAGUCAACAAGGGAUGAAACCAGAAUCCUGCUUCCACCUGCCUUGUUAUUUCCUACGGGAUGAAAAACUCUCCCGAGGCAGAUGAGAAUGUCCUUAAACUUGCCAUCUUUAUUAAGCGUACAGCCAUAGAAAUCGCAGUCUAACAAAACUGAAGUCGAAAACCCUCUUUUUCUCUUUCUCUCAUGGCAGAAGAAGCUUCCCCAAAUUCUCCACAUCAACCUCAUUUUUUGGAGGUUAGAUGCAAAAGUUUUGGGAAGAAAAGCCGAUUUGCUGCCGGCACAAAGGCAGGAUUCGCAGUAUCAUUGAUUAAUAGGAAGUUGGAUAUUGGGUCUCCUUUGGUUUCCCAUAUUGAAGCAGUGAAAGAAGAGGAAGAACCCAUCAUUUUUGGCCCUGAUGCGGUUCUCGUUGACUAUGGCAGUGAUUGGAAGUUACAGACAGUUACUGAAGUUGAUUAUGGCGGAAUUACGAAGGGAGAAGGAAUUAAAUUUAUUCCGGCGCGGGUUCCUCUUGUAAAGGGUUCGGAUGGUUCCGGACCUGCAAAUAAAGCUUUGAAGCCAGGAAUCAGUUUGAUAUACAUGGGGAGAAUAUUUAUAGCCUUUGUUAUAAUGUUUGUGCUUGGUGGAAUAUUGACAUUGAUUCUUGAGAAUCUUCCAAGACUACUGUUGUUAAUCAACUCUUUCAUGUAGUAUGUUACUAAUCUUCCUUAAUUAGAUUGGCCAUACUACAUUGAAAUUCUCUAAUCUUUGGACUAAAGUAUGACUAAAUAAUUACUGGGUGAUUUAUGCUCUGUAUAAAUCUAA